AUGGCAUGGAUACCGCAGUACUCUGGGACGGAACUCAAGAGUACCAAUGCUGGUCGAGAAGCCUACGGAGACGCCAGCCCAUAUGGGCCUACAGCCAUGGUUUCGGGAACUGGCCACGGUCAAUCCAUCUGGGGUCUUCAUGUCUGA